GUUGUUCGGGUCAGUUGUUAGUUUUUGAAAUGAAAAUUGUUUUUAUUUUAGGUUUUGUCGCAAUUAUUUCAGCUCUUCCAGUUGAACAUUCAAACUACGAGGAUGAUCAUGCUGAAGAGUUGGAACGUGAAUUUCAAGGUGACAUGAUAAUUUCUGAAGAAGAACUCAAUAAAUUUAAUGGCCGAAUUGAGGAAAGGUUGAGAUGGACAAACAAUGAAGUUCCAUAUUACAUAAAUAUGACAUAUUUCAAUUCAGACCAAGCUGAGCACAUUCACAAAGCUGCCGUUUAUUUGAAUUCUUUGAAUUGCUUAAAUUUCGUUAACCGAACAUCACAAAAAGAUUACAUCACAGUGAGUGGCGAUGCUACUGGAUGUUCGUCUUCAGUUGGAAGAGUUGGUGGAAGUCAAACAAUUAAACUCAAACCCAAUAAUAUCGAAUCGGGAUGUUUCCGUCUCUUUACAAUCGUUCAUGAAUUUCUUCAUGCAUUAGGUUUUCAUCACAUGCAAAGCUCACACGACAGAGAAAAUUAUGUGAAUAUUAAAUAUGAUAAUAUUACACCUGGAAAGGAAGGGAAUUUUAAUCUUUAUGGGACGAAUUAUGUUACGCAUUUCGGAGUUCCUUACGACUAUGGUUCAGUAUUGCACUACAGCGCGUAUUCUUUCAGCAAGAAUGACGAGGCAACAAUUGUUCCAAUCCAUGACUUGAACGGUCUGAUUAUGGGUCAGCGUGUGGAAAUGACUGAAUCUGAUAAAUUGCGCGUUAAAAAAAUGUAUGGUUGUAUUUAAAUGUAUUCUUUUGAUAGUGAAAUAAAAAUAUUAUCACGAUUAA